AUGGCCACGACAAAGAGAGAGUACGGCAAGAUUACGGGAAAGGAGACGCUCGGCCUGUUCGCGGUCGUCUUGAUGAUGCCGAUAAUGCAGGUCCUUCGCCUCUUGCGAAAGCCGUUCGUUGAGUGGGACCGCGUGCGCUCGUGGCGCCGCGUAAAGGCCGAAGGUGGGUUCGGGUACGCGGUGUCGGUGAUGAACGCAUAUCAGCUCCAGUUCGUGGACGGAUCAAGCCAGAAGGUGUAUGAGAAGUGGGCGCCCACCGAGGGCGUGAAAGUGGACGUUGAGAAGAUCGGGGACUCGGGCGCUCAGCUCCUUUGGGCCACGCCGCGUGGAAGGAAGCGGGUGAUUGUCUACUUUCAUGGUGGAGGAUACGUCCUCCCGACACCUCCAUUCACGUUAUCCUUCUGGAAUCGUGUCACCAAAGCUCUCAACGAAAAGGGAAAGGACGUCGGGCUCGCGUUUCUGGAGUAUUCGCUCGUGCCGAAGGAGACAUAUCCCGUUCCAAUGAAGCAAACAAUCGCCAUGAUAAAACACCUCAUCUCGGCUGGUACGAAGCCCGAGGACAUUUUCUUAGUAGGCGACUCCGCCGGCGCAGCUCUCAUCCUCCAAGUUGUCUCACAAAUCCUGCACCCCAUCCCCGACAUCCCAAGCGUCGAUUUCCAAAGCUCGAAACUCGGUGCUAUCAUCCUCAUCUCACCCUUCGUCACAUUCGACAACAACUCCCCCUCAUGGGCUGAAAACGGGCGGAAAGACAUCUUCCCGCCUUCCUUCUUCACGCAUCUCUCUGGUCUUGUGAAGCCCGACAUCCCCGAGUCACAGACCGCAUACGCCGAGGCUGUGAAGGCGCCUGAGGGCUGGUUCAAAGACGUCGACAUCCUCGUCUCGCGUGCGUUCAUUACCGCUGGCGCCAAUGAGUGUCUGCGGGACGACAUUACUAAAUUCGCUGAAGCGUUCAAGGAGGUGCACAGCAACGCGAGCUUUACGGUGAUCCCCAGAGGCACGCACAACGAACCUUACGGAACGUUCGUCGCGAACGAGCCGGACAAGGGCGAGUGGCCUCCCAGGAUCACAGAGUGGUUGGCAGAAGGUAUGCUUUGA